AUGGGUUUCUCUGAAUCUUCAGUUCUCUUAAAAAUCGCUCUUGUUGUAUUACCUUUAGCGUUAAUACUUCACAUUGCUGGAUUAGCGACUCCGAAUUGGAGUUCAGCUAGUGCUUCAGCCAAUGGACAAAGCGUGAGUUCGACAGCAGGGCUCUGGAAAGCAUGCUUGGAAGGAGGUGGAGAGAAACUAUGUGAAAGCUACGAGACUGUGCUUGAUUGGAUUAAAGCAUGUCAAGCGUUUGGUAUAAUUGGUGUAUUAGCUGUUGCUGCUGCGGCCAUCUUGGAAGUGUUAUGUACCGUAGUCUUUUCUAAGGAUACACACAAAGUUGCUUACAUCCUGGCCGCAAUGACAGCCUUCAGUGGAGCGGGAUGUAUCAUUGUGACUGCUAUCAUCUGGGCUGCAAAAGCAUCAGAAAUCUCAUCUCUGCUUGACCUUAGCUGGUCAUUCGGACUUUCCAUUGCUGGAGGUGUUCUAGCUGGAAUAGGGGGAGUUUUGGGAGCAAUUGACCUGUGUCAGACAUCUCUCCAAUCCGGGAUGUAA